GUAGCGCGUGGGAAUUGCAAUUAAAACGUUUUUCUAACUCCGUUUUCACUUUCUUUGUCCCCAAACACCACCGUUAUAUUCUUUCUUUCUCGUCUUCCUGAAGGCCAUUCCACCUUCCAUUGUCUUCUUUUCACUCAAACCCUCUUCUCUCUCUCUCUCUCUCUCUCUCUCUACUUGAAGAAACCAAUUUUCUCACCUCCCCAUCUUCUCCGACCCCUUUUUUUCUCUCUCUAAAAAUCCUUUGUUUGAAAUUAUAUUUAUCGCAAAAAAAGAAAAAAAGAAAAGCAUGUUUGAUUUUGGGGACGAACUGACAGUUGAAAGCUACAGAGUUCCAUGGCUGAUAUGGAUCCAGGCUUUGGUGAUGUUCCUCCUCAUCAUUCUUUUCUACUGCUUCAGCAUCUUCGAUCUUUCAGACACCGAUAAUCAUACAUCUUCCACAGCUUCCCCAUCAUCUUCAAGUCGGAGGGUUUCCAAUGAUGCUCAUCCACUUUCCAAGCUUAAUACCACCACAAGAUUUGUUUCCAACCGAUUGCAGACUACCCAGGUAGGAGAGAGCCAAAGUAUAAAAGGGGAAAUAUCAGCAGGCACAAGCAGAAGAGUAGUGAGAGGAGGAGGAGGAGGAGGAGGAGGAGGAGGAGAAGAUAAUGUAGACAGGGAAAGUUCUUCUGGAGCUCAUAUACGUUUCCAUCCUUGCUAUUAUUUCAACCUUGCAAAACUUGCUGUUCUAAAAUGUUUGGGGCUUGAUCCAGCCUCUGAAAACUCUUCUACUCCGCAAAGAAGGAAGAGUAAAGAGCAAUGACAUGAAUAUUGGUCUUCACAAAGAUGUGUAAAAAGCUUCCGUUGUAGCUUUGCCUAGGUACUGUUGUGCCUUUGCCUAGGGGGGCAGCCACACUCUGAAAAGCAAAAAGGUUAUGGGCAGGCCCCAAAUAGUCCACUUACCCAUUAUUUUGGGAUUCUAAAGGUCCAUUGAAGUUGGGGUUGUUGUACAUGUUGUGGAGAUAUCACAAUGUCUUACUAGGGGGGCAGCCCAUCAAAAUCCAUAGUCAGUUACCACAAUACCAGGUUGAAAAUUAUUUCCAGGCACCAAUUUGGCAUAUUCAAUUGUAAAGUAAAAUUUUCACCAAAAUUUGUGGAAUACAUGUGCCUGAGUAGUUUUAAGAGUAUUUAUUUUGUGCUUGGAAGUUUUAUUUCUCUUCCAAGUCCACAAUCUUUCA